AACUGCUUGACUUACCUCCUACCAUAGAAUCGACCCAUUGGCCCUGCGCUAAGCUGCUGUUAUUGCCCUGAGGGCCGCCUCCUCAUUUUAUACAGCAGCGAAUCAGAAGGCUGAACUGCCCCGGCACCAUGACUGCAGCCGAGAAUGUGUGUUACACUCUCAUUAACGUUCCAAUGGACUCGGAACCUCCAUCCGAAAUUACUCUGAAGGCGGACUUGGAGAAAGGAGAUGUGAAAUCCAAGACGGAGGCCCUGAAGAAAGUGAUCAUCAUGAUCCUAAAUGGAGAGAAGCUGCCGGGGCUGCUGAUGACCAUCAUACGGUUUGUGCUGCCGCUGCAGGAUCACACCAUCAAGAAGCUGCUCUUGGUCUUCUGGGAGAUUGUGCCCAAGACCACGCCCGACGGGAAACUCUUGCAGGAGAUGAUCCUCGUGUGCGACGCCUACAGGAAGGAUCUCCAGCACCCCAACGAGUUCAUCAGGGGAUCUACACUACGCUUCCUGUGCAAACUGAAAGAGGCGGAGCUUCUGGAGCCCCUGAUGCCGGCGAUUCGGGCCUGCCUGGAGCACCGCCACAGCUACGUGCGUAGGAACGCGGUGCUCGCCAUCUACACCAUCUACAGGAACUUCGAACACCUGAUCCCGGAUGCUCCAGAACUGAUCCACGAUUUCCUUGUGAACGAGAAAGAUGCGAGCUGCAAGCGCAACGCCUUCAUGAUGCUCAUCCAUGCCGAUCAGGACCGGGCCCUGGAUUACCUGAGUACCUGCAUCGACCAAGUGCAGACGUUUGGGGACAUCCUGCAGUUGGUCAUCGUCGAGCUCAUCUACAAGGUUUGCCAUGCCAACCCCUCCGAGAGGGCUCGCUUCAUCCGGUGCAUCUACAACCUGCUCCAGUCGUCCAGUCCGGCCGUCAAGUAUGAAGCUGCUGGAACCCUGGUCACUCUCUCCAGUGCGCCCACUGCCAUCAAGGCAGCCGCUCAGUGCUACAUCGACCUGAUCAUCAAGGAGAGCGACAAUAACGUGAAGCUGAUUGUGUUGGACCGACUGGUGGAGCUGAAGGACCACCCUUCCCAUGAGCGAGUGCUACAGGAUCUGGUGAUGGACAUCCUGCGGGUACUGAGCACCCCCGACCUGGAAGUGCGCAAAAAGACCCUCCAACUGGCACUGGAACUGGUGUCCUCGCGCAACGUGGAAGAGCUGGUCAUCGUGCUGAAGAAAGAGGUGAUCAAGACCAAUAACGUGACUGAGCACGAGGACACGGACAAGUACAGGCAGCUGCUGGUGAGAACGCUCCAUUCCUGCAGUGUGCGCUUCCCAGACAUGGCCGCCAACGUCAUCCCAGUGCUCAUGGAGUUCCUCAGCGACAGCAACGAGGCGGCGGCGGCCGAUGUCCUGGAGUUUGUGCGGGAAGCCGUGCAGCGCUUUGAUAAUCUCCGCCCACUCAUAGUGGAGAAGAUGCUGGAAGUUUUCCAUGCGAUCAAAUCAGUCAAAAUAUACAGGGCCGCCCUGUGGAUUUUGGGUGAAUAUUGCAGCACAAAAGAAGAUAUUAACAGUGUGAUGACUGAAGUGCGCCGGUCCCUGGGAGAGGUGCCUAUAGUAGAGACGGAACUGAAGAAGGAAUCGGGAGAGUUAAAGCCAGAGGAGGACGUGACGGUGGGGCCGACGCAGAAGCUGGUGACAGAGAUGGGCACCUAUGCCACGCAGAGCGCCCUGAGCAGCUCCCGGCCCGCAAAGAAAGAAGAGGAGAGACCCCCGCUAAGAGGCUUCUUGCUGGACGGGGAUUUCUAUGUGGCUGCGUCCCUUGCCACCACGCUGACCAAGAUCGCGCUGCGCUACGUGGCGUUAGUCCAGGAGAAAAGAAAACAGAAUUCGUUCGUGGCAGAAGCCAUGUUGCUGAUGGCCACCAUCCUCCACCUGGGCAAGUCCUCCCUCCCCAAGAAGCCAAUCACAGACGACGACGUGGAUCGCAUCUCCCUUUGCCUGAAGGUUCUGUCGGAAUGUUCUCCCCUCAUGAACGAGAUUUUCAACAAGGAAUGUCGGCAGUCUCUGUCCCACAUGCUGUCGGCCAAGUUGGAGGAGGAGAAGCUCUCGCAGAAGAAAGAGUCCGAGAAGAGGAACGUGACGGUUCAGCCGGACGACCCCAUUUCCUUCAUGCAACUGACGGCCAAGAACGAGACGGCCUCCAAAGAGGAUCAGUUUCAGCUCAGCCUUCUGGCCGCCAUGGGGACAACGCAAAGGAAGGAGGCCGCCGACCCCCUGGCCUCCAAACUCAAUAAAGUGACGCAGCUGACGGGAUUCUCGGACCCGGUGUACGCAGAAGCCUAUGUGCACGUCAAUCAGUACGAUAUUGUGUUGGACGUCCUGGUGGUGAACCAGACCGGCGACACGUUGCAGAGCUGCACCCUGGAGCUGGCAACACUGGGCGAUCUGAAGCUGGUAGAGAAGCCCUCCCCUCUGACCCUCGCCCCCCACGACUUCGCAAACAUCAAGGCUAACGUCAAAGUUGCCUCCACAGAGAACGGGAUUAUAUUUGGCAACAUCGUGUACGAUGUAUCCGGUGCAGCCAGCGACAGGAACUGCGUUGUCCUGAGCGACAUCCACAUAGAUAUUAUGGACUAUAUCCAACCGGCGUCCUGCACCGACACAGAAUUCCGACAAAUGUGGGCGGAGUUUGAGUGGGAAAACAAGGUGACAGUUAACACCAACAUCACGGAUCUGAAUGAGUAUCUGCAGCACAUCCUGAAAUCGACCAACAUGAAAUGUCUCACCCCGGAGAAGGCGCUGUCUGGUUACUGCGGCUUCAUGGCAGCCAAUCUGUACGCCCGCUCCAUAUUUGGGGAAGACGCCCUGGCCAACGUCAGCAUCGAGAAGCCCAUUCACCUCGGACCAGAAGCGCCCGUAACUGGGCACAUAAGGAUUCGCGCUAAGAGCCAGGGGAUGGCGCUCAGCCUGGGGGACAAGAUCAAUCUCUCACAGAAGAAAUCCUGUAUAUAAGUCGAUGGGGGACCUCUCGUUGCUCUGUUGGGGCCACGUAUCUGAUUAUUAGAUUAUUAGGGUUGGAGAGAGCAGGGCCCCCCCGGCGUCUCUGGUCACCGGCGCUGCGGUCCGAUAACGCUACAGGCUUUAUAUAUAAUAUAUAUAUUUUCUUUUGUCUUUUAUGAAUGCAGUCUCCUCUCUCUCACAGAGACAGCUCGUCCUACACAUGUCUGUGCUCUCACAAUAAAGUGACCUUUUUCAUUACUCUCA